GUGUAUUUAGAAUAUUAUAGAUUUAAGUUCAUGACCAAAAAAGCUAUAUUUAUAUAUGUGAUGUCUGCCAGUCUUUCUCUAUGGAAUCAUAAUUAAGUGUGAAUUUAUAGGUAAGCGUAAUAAAGUGUUUUAAGUGUUUCCCAGCGAGAUAUAUUCAGUUGCUGGCCACUGCAAGGCCAUUGGCCCAACAGUCUCCGCUGCUGGCCCUGGGCGUUAAUACCUUUGACCUGCUGAUCCAGCUGGCGAGGGGGGGGCAUACACCCCUCACUACAGCCUGCAGUCACCCGCCUCACUUGUGCCUUCCUGAAGGAGGCAGGGCAGCCACCAAGCCUGUGGUUGGCUCACAGGAAGCCCCCAGAGCAUAAAAGUGACGAUGCAGGGGCAUCAUUGCAGCCCUAGAGAGGAAGAGGAACAUGGCUGAAGACUUGGUUAAAAGAUUAGUCAAAUAUAGGAUUGAAACAGAUCUUUAAAGUGUUCACAGCAAUUCGGCUUUCAUUUGUAAACAAAGAGCAGACAGCUAGGAAGAUGACACCAGCAGCGGCAGGCGGCGACAGGCAGUGUGACACCGUAGCCCUCCGCUCUGCCUGACAUGUGCUGCGUGCCACGCAACCAAACUCAAGUGGAACAUGCACUGUUACAUGUACCAGAUUAUCGGACACGCCUAACAAGUGUGGCGCCAUUCGUAAGGCAACAAAACUGCUUGUCUUGAAAGAAAGUCCAGUGACAGAGACAACCUUGGCCAGUGUUGUGUUCGCUUCCUGACAGUGCGGGGAUUGUGACCAGGAAUUUGUCCAGCUUCCUCUUUGCCUUGGAAAGUGCAUUCCUGGCUGAGUGUGGUGCGUGUGCCUGCUUCUUGUGUGGUGGUGCUGCUGCUGCGUGAAGCCUCUGCCGUGGGAACCCACCACAAAUAGCUAAUGGAUUCUGUAUGACGGGAUCAGCAGCAGACAGAAUUCCAGUGAUGUAUUAACAUGCCUAGGCAGUGCAGUGCAGACUCCAAGGCUCCCCAAGUAUACAGCAUUGUUGUGUGUGUGGAUGGGGUGUGUGUGCCAGACUCCUCACACUCUGUAUUGUAUCGCUGGGCAAGGUCACCUACUAUUGAGACAGUAGCUCUUCUUUGGUCAUUGCCAGGCUCUCUUUUGGAUCUUCAUGGCAGUUUCCACAACAGCAAACACUGCAAGCUUGACCACACUGAUCUUGUCUCCAGUGAAGCUAAGAGUGGGAAUGUUUUUACCAAGGCCUUUGUUGGAGGCGUCCCCUGUGAUAUAGUGGAUGACAACCUGGAGCUCUGUGACACACUGACAAGGGAGAAGGUUACUUGUCGCUCCAAGGCUAAGCUGGUCGGCCCCAUGAAUGUCACUGUCUGCGUUACCGGAAGAGGCGCGUCUGAAGUGACCAAGAUAGGAAGGUACUUGGACUCCCAGGACAGGCUGUACCAGUUCCUCACAUAUGCUGUUGUAUGGAGGUGUGUCUUACCUCAAGGAAUAAUGGCAUCAUACUAAGAAGCGCAGUGAAUCCUGCAGUUGUCACCAGGUUUGGUUUACAACCAACUGCAAGUUUGUUUUGGUACAUGAAAUGUAAGAGUCAUCACCUAAUUUCUUCCUGACUGGUGUUAUUUUAUGUGAAUUACUAGCCAUCACUAGCAGACCUCUUGGGUGGUUUCCAAGACCCCAGCUUGGCCUUCAAGACACUUAACCAUACCAGGGUCUUCCUCCAGCAGCUCACCAGAAUAUAACUGGAUAACUUGCCUGCUGCCAGUACCUCCAGGCCUCUAGAGGUUGUGGCACCACAGCCUGCACAGCCCCUCAAAUCCCCAACAAGAACAAGAACACAACAGGAUAGUGGGAGUGAUGGCUUCAAGACACACUGCCACUGUACAGGGCAGCUGUUACUCUUGUACAUCAUGUGCUGCUUACAAGACUGUGCCUAAAAAUCUGAGAGGAAAAAGUAAAAGCUCACAGGACUGGUUGACGAGACAGCUAAAUGACCCUUAUGUGAAGUUGACCAAGCAACAUCAGCGCAGGCAUUGUCCAUGAUGCUUCCUGUGUUGUGGUUCCAUCAUGGCAAGCAUGGAAGUGCCUCUCACUGCAUCACCGCCUCAUGAUCAUUGAGAGCAUGGACACAGACGCUGAGGCCCUAGUGGGUACGUGGACCUCCUCAAUGGACAGAUGGAUAGAGGCUGGUGUGCUGGCUACAUGUAUCAGGAGCAAAUCUCAACCUUCUUCUCCGUUGUGGCAACAGGGAUGACAUAUGAGAUGGCCAUGACCAGCACACCCCUUCAGGAGCUGCAUCUCUAACCUAACCUCACCACACUGACUCUCCACUCACAUCACAUCUUCAGGUGCUGCGUCUGCACCUGCCACACAGUCCAUCCUCUGAGGCCGUUGUCCUGCUCAUCUUCCCAAAGCCUCAGCGUU